AUGGUGAGCAUGCGCUGCAUGCCGCGCGGCGCCGCCAUGCAGGGCGCCCACGAGCUCCCUGGGGACCUGCUGAACGUGAACACGAUCGAGGGCUUCAGGAACGCCGACAAGAGGGCGCUGCUGCAGCAGGCCGGCGCGCGGAUCUGGCGCGACAUCGUCAGCGGCGCCGCCGAGGCGUCGCCGGAGCUGCUGUCGCGGUUCUUGGUGCUCACUUUCGGGGACCUCAAGCGCUAUGAGUUCACGUAUUGGUUUGCCUUCCCGGCGCUCAAGCCGCCCGCACCGUUCCAACAGCUGGCGGCGCGGCCGCUGGCGGAGUGCCUGGAUGCUGAAGCAGUCGCCGCGGCCUGCGACGCGUGGAGGGGCCUGGCGCCCGCUGAUCCUGCCUGUCCGCCUGCCGCCCCCGCCGGCCGCUCGCCGCCGCCCUUCUUCCUCCUGCGCCUCGGCGGCGCCGGCGGCCCCGCCGCCGAGGCAGUGCCUCUCUCGUCCUGGCGUGAGGCGUCCGCCUCAGCUGACACCAGCACGCCGCUGGCCGGCAGCAGCGCCGGAGCCGCCGCCCCAUCGGAUGGCGCCGGUGGCGGCGGCGCGGCGCGGCUGCUGGUGGCGGUGGCGGACCCCAGCCAGAUCCCGCUCGCCCCCGGCUGGCCGCUGCGCAACCUGCUGCUGCUCGCGGCCGCGCGCUGGCGCGCCCGCGCGCUGAGCGUGCUGUGCAUACGCGACGGCAAGGGGCGGCUGGACGCGCAGCGGUCGUUCAUCAUCGACGUGGCGCUGCCAGAGGUGCCAGAGGGCUGGUGCUGCGGCGGGGACGGCGGGGCGGCGGCGCCGGACGCGGUAGGGUGGGAAGCCAACACCCAGGGCAAGCUCGCGGCCAGGCGCGUGGACGUGAGCGCCAUGAUGAGCCCCGUGGCCCUGGCUGACCAGGCGGUGGACCUAAACCUCCGCCUCAUGAGGUGGCGCGCCGCCCCCGCGCUAGACAUUGCAGCCCUCGCCGCCACAAAGUGCCUGCUGCUCGGCGCCGGCACCCUCGGCUGCGCGGUCGCGCGGACGCUGCUCGCCUGGGGCGUGCGGGACAUCACGUUCGUCGACUCGGGCCGCGUCGCGUUCUCGAACCCCGUGCGGCAGAGCCUCUUCACCUUCCAGGACUGUCUUGGCGGCGGGCGCCCCAAGGCCGAGGCCGCGGCCGAGGCGGUGCAGCUGAUUUUCCCGAGCGCGCGCGCCAGGGGCGUGGCGCUUUCGAUCCCCAUGCCGGGCCACCCGCCGGCGGACCGCGGCGCGGCUGAGGUUCGCGCGUCCGAGGAUGUGGCGGCGCUGGACGAUCUGGUGGCGGCCCACGAUGUUGUGUUCCUGCUGACCGACAGCCGCGAGAGCCGCUGGCUGCCGGCGCUGCUGGCGGCGGCGCGGCGGAAGCUGGCUAUCACGGCGGCGCUCGGGUUUGACGGGUUCGUGGUCAUGCGCCACGGCGCGCCCGCAGCGGCGGCUGAGGGCACUGAGCAGCAGCAGCAGCAGCAGGAGCAGCAGCAGGCGCAGCAGCAGCAGCCGCGGCCGGCCGGCGGCGGCCGGCUGGGCUGCUACUUCUGCAACGACGUGGUGGCGCCGGUCAACUCCGCGGUUGACCGGUCGCUGGACCAGCAGUGCACCGUCGCGCGGCCGGGGCUCGCGCCCAUUGCGGGCGCGCUGGCCGUAGAGCUCAUGGCAGCACUGCUGCAGCACCCCCUCGGCGUCGACGCGCCCUCGGCCGCCGGCGGGGAGAGCGCGGCGGCGCUGGGCCCGGUGCCGCACAUGCUGCGGGGCCAGCUGUCCGGCUUCAGCCAGGUGUCUAUGGAGGGGCGCGCGUUCAGCCAGUGCACAGCGUGCUCGGACGCGGUCGUGGCGCUGUGGCGCGCGCGGGGGGCGGCGUUUGUGAUGGAGGCGCUGCGGCGGCCGGGCAUGCUGGAGGAGGUCACGGGGCUGGCGGAGCUGCACAGGCAGGCGGCGGCCGCGGCGGAGGCGCGCGCCGCCGCGCUCGAGGCGGCGGCCGCGGAGGAGGGGGGCGGUGUUGGGGGCGGGGGUGACGAUGGCGAAGGCGACGAGUGGACGGAGCUCUGA